UGGUAUGAAAUGAAAGAUUAGGGUUUGGCUUUUCGUUUUGUUUUUUUUUUUUUUUAAAUUUUAAUUUGGAGAAUUAAUAGGUGGAGUCUGUCGUCCACGUGCUUCUGGGGACUCUCUCCUCCUCCUCAAUCAACUGCACCCUCUCUGGCCGCCUGUUAUCCUUCUUUUGUUUGCAUAUUCUCUCCACAUUUCUCUCUCAGUAAAAAAAGCAAACACCUUCUGUGCAACCCACGCUCUAGCCUUCGGCUUCUAGCAUUGCAGAGAAAAAGAAGAAAAAUAUCAUUUGUAGCUUGGAAUCUCAAAAAUUGUUUGUCAAGGACACGGAGAAGAUAACAUGGAAGGAAUCAAAGGAGAUGAUGGUGGUGGUGGAGGUGGAGGUGGUGGUGGUGGAGUUGGUGUCGGUGAAGUCGACAUGGGAGAUGGAAUGCAAUGCAGUGACCAUCCUUAUAGAAACAACCCUGGAGGGAUCUGUGCAUUCUGUCUUCAAGAAAAGCUUGGCAAGCUUGUUUCGUCUUCGUUUCCUUUACCUGUUCGUGGGUCUUCGUCGUCUUCUUCAUCUCCUUCUUUUAGAUCUGCCAUUGGAAGUUCUGCUAGCACUGCUGGUACUACUGGAACUUCUUCACUUUCUUUUGCAGUCCGUCCCACAACAAGAGAUCACCAAGAGUUCUAUGCAAGGCGGACCAGGAUUCCAUUUAUUUUAGCGAAGAAGAAGAAGAAAAUCAUUGCUUCAUCGCAAUCUGAUCGUGACAUUGUUUUCAAGAGAAGCAAAUCCACUACAACCCCAAGAAGAAACCGUACUUUCUUGGAUACUGUCGAUGGAGACUACUUCAGUCCAAGAAAACGAACUGGGUUUUGGUCAUUUCUGUACAAAUCCAACUCUGCCAAGAAAACAGAGAAGCUCACACCAUUCUCUGCAGCAACAGCUGUGACAACACCAGCAGGGUCUGUAGUGAAGCCUAAAGAGAGGUGCUUGGGAUCUUCAUUGUCAGAGGGAGGUGAUAAUAAUCACAAUAUUGUGGUGAAGGAAGAUGACGAAUUCAGCCCCAAUAGCCAAGCCACUGCCUCUGCUUCAUCUUUUGAAAGAAAAGUUUCAAGAUCCAGAUCUGUGGGUUGUGGCAGCCGGAGCUUUUCCGGUGACUUCUUUGAGAGAAUCUCAACUGGGUUUGGCGAUUGCACACUCAGAAGAGUUGAAUCACAAAGAGAAGGAAAGCCUAAAAUCCCACAAGGAGUGAUGAAAGAGAGAGUCAAAUGUGGUGGUUUGUUUAGUGGGUUUAUUAUGACUUCCUCAUCUUCUUCAUCGUCUUCUUCAUCUCACUGGGUCUCAUCAUCAUCUGCAGAAGAUAUGAAUCGUAAAUCAACAACUGCAGUAGCAACAGUGACAGCGGGGCCUCCUGUAAAUGUUCAUGGUAGAAGUAGGAGCUGGGUUUGGGCAUUUGCUAGUCCUAUGAGAGCUUUCAGUACUAAACCCUCUUCAAAGGAUGGGAAUAAGAGACACAGCAACAUCAGAGAAGCUUCAAGUAAGACCACUAAACCGGAUUUGAAUGCCAUUCCUUCUUUGUUGGCUGUGAGAAGCUAAAUGAUCAUCAUAUACUGUACAUUUUGCUUAUUAUUCACUCUGUUCAUUCCUCUUUGUUUGAUUAUCUUCAAUUUCUUGGUCUCAGACUUAUGUUCUUUUUCUUGGGUGCGUUAAAAAUUCAAUCUUGAAUGCAAUAGCAGAACCCAUGAAGAAGAAAGAAUUGUAUGAGAAUUGAGAAGUGUAUGUUUGACCAGAUAUUGAUUAUUAUCUGUUGUGAUUUGGUGGGUUGUUUUUUU